CAGGUGAGCGCGGGCUCGGCGCACCCGGUGUUCGGCGCGGCCGGCGGGUGCCUGCUGGGCUGGGUCAGAAGCUGAAUCCCGUGCGUGGACUGCCUUUCCCUCUUCGCGGGAUCCUUGGCCACGAUAGCAGAUGCAUUUUGUAGGAGUAUUUUGAAGAUGAAUGUUUGCAAAUCAUUUUGAAAUUGCCAAACGCCACAUACAUGGGAUGCAUCCUGCUUUUUUCCUGGAGUUCACCCCUGUGGCUUGGAUUUAUCACUGUAGCAUCUGUCUUCGAUCUAUGUGUUAACUAGAAAUCAAGGGAAGACAUGAGGAGGUUUGUGUACUGCAAGGUGGUUCUGGCCACUUCACUGAUGUGGGUUCUCGUCGAUGUCUUCCUACUCCUGUACUUCAGUGAAUGUAACAAAUGCGAUGACAAGAAGGAGAGGUCCCUGCUACCUGCACUCAGGGCUGUUAUUUCGAGAAACCAAGAAGGGCCGGGAGAAAUGGGAAAGGCUGUGCUGAUUCCUAAAGAUGACCAGGAGAAAAUGAAAGAACUAUUUAAAAUCAAUCAGUUUAACCUUAUGGCCAGUGAUUUGAUUGCCCUUAACAGAAGUCUACCGGAUGUAAGAUUAGAAGGAUGCAAGACAAAGGUCUACCCUGAUGAACUUCCAAACACAAGCGUAGUCAUUGUGUUUCACAAUGAAGCUUGGAGCACUCUCCUUAGAACUGUUUACAGUGUGAUAAAUCGUUCCCCACGCUAUCUGCUCUCUGAGGUCAUCUUGGUAGAUGAUGCCAGUGAAAGAGAUUUUCUCAAGUUGACAUUAGAGAAUUAUGUGAAAAACUUAGAGGUGCCAGUAAAAAUUAUUAGAAUGGAAGAACGCUCUGGGCUGAUACGUGCCCGCCUUCGAGGAGCAGCCGCUUCAAGAGGGCAGGUCAUAACUUUUCUGGAUGCACACUGUGAGUGCACGUUAGGAUGGCUGGAGCCCUUGCUGGCGAGAAUAAAAGAAGACAGGAAAACAGUUGUAUGCCCCAUCAUUGAUGUGAUUAGUGAUGAUACCUUUGAAUAUAUGGCCGGAUCAGACAUGACUUAUGGGGGCUUUAACUGGAAACUGAAUUUCCGUUGGUAUCCUGUUCCCCAAAGAGAAAUGGAUAGGAGAAAAGGAGAUAGAACAUUACCUGUCAGGACCCCUACUAUGGCUGGUGGCCUAUUUUCUAUUGACAGAAACUACUUUGAAGAGAUAGGAACUUACGAUGCAGGAAUGGAUAUCUGGGGUGGAGAGAAUCUUGAAAUGUCUUUUAGGAUUUGGCAAUGUGGAGGCUCUUUGGAGAUUGUGACUUGCUCCCAUGUUGGUCAUGUUUUUCGGAAGGCAACUCCUUACACUUUCCCUGGUGGCACUGGUCAUGUCAUCAACAAAAACAACAGGAGACUAGCAGAAGUUUGGAUGGAUGAAUUUAAAGAUUUCUUCUAUAUCAUAUCCCCAGGUGUUGUCAAAGUGGAUUACGGAGAUGUGUCAGUCAGGAAAACACUAAGAGAAAAUCUGAAGUGUAAGCCCUUUUCUUGGUACCUUGAAAACAUCUAUCCGGACUCCCAGAUCCCAAGACGUUAUUACUCACUUGGUGAGAUAAGAAAUGUUGAAACCAACCAGUGUUUAGACAACAUGGGCCGCAAGGAAAAUGAAAAAGUGGGUAUAUUCAACUGUCAUGGUAUGGGAGGAAAUCAGAGCAUGAGCGGGGGAGGGGCAGAGAGCGGGAGAUACAGAAUCCGAAGUAGGCUCCAGGCUCUGAGCUAUCAGCACAGAGCCUAACGCAGGGCUUGAGCUCAUGGACUGCAAGAUCAUGACCGGAGCCGAAGUCAGAUGCUCAACCGACUGAGCCACCCAGGCACCCCAAUCCUCCUAAAGUUUUUUAAGUUGCCAUAGUAUUAAAAAGGAUAACUAGUCCUAUAUCUGUAUUUUUCUAAAUGACACAAAACACCUGGAUCAUAAAUGUUAAAAAUUACAUUAUUCAUUUAUAAGUGUUCAAAUAUGCAGGAAUAAGCUACCCCACUCUACCAUAAUCUUCUUGUUGGCAGGGACUAGGUCUUACUCCUGUCUUCAUCUCCAGCCAUUGGCUGAGUGCCUGGGAUAUGGCAGGUACCUAACAACUAUGUAGACGUUGCCAAAAAAUGUUGUUAUUGUCAUAGUAACCAAAAGUAUCUAAAGACACCAAUCUUAGGGAUUCAUUAAUAAAGUGAACAACCAAUAAGCAAAAAGCCCAUACCUACACGUAUUCUAAUGUUUCUAUAUUACCAACUUAAUGGCAAGACAGAAGUUAAAACCAGUAUUUUUCCAUCUACAUAAAUUCAGGUCUACAAAUACACACAGAAAAAAGUCUAUAUAGGAGCCCUUUUUGUUAUAACAUGAACAAUGGAUAUGACUAAAUAUUUACCCAGACAGGAAUGUUUAAAGAAAUCACAGUGCAUCUAUAAUAUAGAAUACUAUAUAGCCACUGGAGUAAGAGAGGUCUAUAUUUAUUAUCAUGGAAAAUUGAAAAGAAGGGAAGAAAUUUGGAAUAUGACUUACUUUGAUUUUAUUUAUGAAAAAUAUAUAUGAACAUUUUUCUCCAAGUAUCUAUAAUACCUAUAUUUAUAUAAAUGUUAUAUAAUCUGUUAAGAAUGCUUAGAAAUCUGUCUGGAAUAUAAUUACCUCUGCUGAGACCAAUGAAUUGGAAUGGGAAAUUUUACUUUUUACCCUAUUUUUCUGUAUAUAUCUUUUGUUUUCAUAAUUAAAAUGGAGAAAAUUGAA